AUGGAGAAAUCAUUCCUCUCGAUCCAUCUGUUAGAUAUUCCUCAGAGCAAUAGGCUACUUCUGGAGGCAAUUGACGAUCUAGACAAUCCUCCCGAUUACUGCCCUAACACGAUUGCAUCAGCACCGCCUCUCUCGCGUGACGACCUGGAAUCUCGUAUCAUCCAGCUCUGGAAGACCAUUUGGCUAGGUCUGUACAAAGUGAAAGACACCGAAGGUCCCUCGCACUACGACUGGCUGCAAGCCCUGUCUCGGGGAGCGGGUUUCGGCAACUCGUAUGGGGUGUUGGGAUCUCUGAACCGCCAUUUCCUGCAGUAUAGCACCAUCAACGGCAUGGCCUCGUUGAAACUAUUUGAUAACACGUCAAUGUCUACGCUCCGGUGUGUCGUUGAUAUCUUAGAAGCGUAUGAGAGCGAGAUCCCGAAUCUCGAGCAGCUUUAUUCGAUCCUGCGUCGAGCGCAGAUUGGCCUGCAUCAGAAACUCGACGAUAACGGCAGGGAUGACUCUCAGAAGGCUAUCUUCAAGAAGCGAUAUUUGGCCCUUGCUGAGCCGAUGGGAAGAAGACUUACGCACUACGAUAACCGUAUGGAUGUCUUGACUAUCGACAUGUAUGAGGAGGCGGCGACGCUGCGGGGAGAUGGUUUGAGAGAUACGGGACAGCAUGUAUACUAUAGGGCAUUCCGUGCUGUUGGUGAGAGUGAUCUUAGUUAA